UUGACAGUCUAUCUGCGUCUGACACCAAACUGGUCUGCCUCAAAGCCACUGCUGCAGUUUGACUUCAAGUUUCUGCCUCUGAGACUGUUAGUUAUAAAUCAGUAAAUCAUGGAGGAAGAAGUAAAUUACACGACGGUGAUUUUCAACACUAAUGAAACAACAACAACACUUGAUAAACCGAACAACAUGGAAGUAGUCUAUGAGGAGGUGAAGACUCAGGAGCAGGAGCUACAUCCUGUCAGAACAGAGAAUAAAAAGGAAACUCCCUUCUGCAUUCUGCCCACAUUGGUUGUAGCAGGUUUUGGGAUGAUUUGUAUCAUCUUGAUGUCAGUUGUCAUCGCCCUCGGUAUCCACUUCACAUGGGAGUACAGAGAAAACGUCAAUUUACAAUCACAGAAUUGGCAGCUGAAGGCAGAGAAGGCCGCCUUACAGAGACGAACUGAAGAGCUGGCCAGAGAGCGAGACCGACUCAACUGGACCAUCGGAUUCAUACUGGAAUAUGAGGACUUUCCAGUGAAGACACGCUGCCCACAGAAAGUUUGCAAACCUUGCCUGGACGGCUGGGUGUGGUUUCAGUCAAGCUGUUACUGGUUUUCCACCGCCUGGCGGUUCUGGGAGUCAAGUCGUGAUGACUGUAGAAAAAAUAAGGCCUAUCUGGUGGUGAUUGGAAGCCAGGAAGAGCAGGAAUUCAUCAGUAACCACACAGACCAAUACUAUGACAAAACACGUGGCUACUGGCUUGGCUUGAAAUACAAAGACAAGAUGAAUACAUGGACGUGGGUCGAUGGAAGUAAUUCCACAGUGAUGUACUGGAUACCAGAACAAGACGAUUUAAGGGAAUCUUGUGCUUUAAAUCUGAAACGUGUGAAUCCCCUGGAGAGCUGGCAAAAAACGACUUGCACCAUAAAGAACCGUUGGAUCUGUGAAACAAAAGCCUUGAUCAGAUCAGACUAAGAGUCAGUUUCAAUAUCAAAAACAAGCAAUUUACCAUUUCUGCUCAUUUCAUUUUAUCUGUGAGUCUAUCAUCACAGUUAUCCUUUAUCAAACAUUAUUCCUGAUAUUUAAAAAAGUCAGAACAGAAUUGUUUUUCAUGAUUUUUUGGGAAGCUUCAUUUAUACAAACCUUGCAGUCUACACCACGGUGGAGUUGUCUAUAGCCACUAUGACUGUACUUUAGCGUUUAAACCUAAAGCACCUAAAGGGAAUAAAUAAAUAAUAUGUAACAAAAAAAUAAAUUAAUAAAGAAGGAAAAUAGAACAUAAAUGUCACUUCAUGUCACAUUCUUUAAAUGAAUUAAAGGCCACAUAUACCUUCAGUGCUAUUUUUAGUGCAUUUAAUGACAUUAAUUUAUGCAUUGUGCCAUUUAUUUAUUUUAGAUUCUUGCAUUUUCUGACCUCUAUACUGUCCUCUGUGUUUACCCUGACCAUAUACUGCAACCUCAGUAAUAAACAUAAAGAAGAAAGACGAAGAAAGAAGAAGAACUUCUGAAAAUAUAAAAGUUACAAUUUCAGAUUAAGACUUAAGCCAGGAUUGUUGCAUGUAGAUUACUUUAGCUUUGCAGGUGUACUGUAAAAAAAUUUUCCUGUAAAAUGAAUUAAUUAUUAGUAAAUUAUAUUUUACUGUACUUUCACAGUGUUGAUAUUGUAAUUUAAAUUAACAGUUAAUUACCUCUACAUUGUAACUAGACUUAAAAAUAAUAUACUGUUCAUAUAUCAUGUUGCCACUGUAAUCGACAACAACAGUAGCUGCAGUUUUGCGUAUCCUUUUUGUAAUGUUUUUUCUGUUAUUUAUCAUCUUGUGUCUGGUUUGUGUGAUUUCGUCUCGAUUUGUGUCUUAUUUUUGUCAUUUUGUUUCAGUUUUUUGUUGUUUUUUGCCUCAUUUGUGUCUUAUUUUUGUCAUUUUGUUUUAGUUUUUUGUUGUUUUUUGCCUCAUUUGUGUUAUUUUGUGUCAGGUUUUUGCUGUUUUGUGUCUGGUUUGUGUUCUUUCGUGUAUCGAUUUGUGGCUCAUUUUUGUUGUUUUGUCUCGUGCUGUCUUUUUGUGUCUAGUUAUGUUGAUCUUUUAAUCCAAUUUUUUGUCAUUUUGGAUCUCAUUUAUGUUGUUUUGUGUUGAUUUAUGUCUCGUUUGUGACAUUUUGUGUUGUUUUCUAUGUCUUUUUGUAUCUUGUUUUGUGUCAGACUUUUGUUGUUUUGCAUCUCAUUUGUGUCACAUGUCUCAAAUGUGUUUUGUGUCUUGUUUUUGCUAUUUUGAGUCAAAUUUUUUAACUGGACAAUGUCAGUCUUUACAGUAGCCUGCUGUUAACGAUCUUUUCUGUUUUGACUCCAAAAAUGCAUCUUAUUUUACAGUUUUAACAGUAUUUUUGGUGCAGUAAACUGAUGUUAGAAUUCAUCUGUAUUUUUAUAGUAAAUUAUUGUAUAUCUCCACAUAUGUUGGAAUACAGUAGGAGUAUGAAUAUACUUGUGCAUAUUUGACUAUUUGUUCAGUGCAGUUUUCCACAAUAAAGUCCAUCUGUUGUGUA